UCUACCCUCCAUAACAUAUAGUUAUGCUUUCAUUUUUAGUAUAUUUCACUAAAAUUUGCUGUUUAAACUUUGAGAUAUAAUUAACAGUAGUAUUUAAUAUUUAUAUACUGGUCUGUGACAGUAGUUACCCAAAAUGUAAACCUUCAGUACCUUCAUUAAAACCAAACUUGCAAAUCUAAUCGUUGACUUGUAACUCCACCUGAGACUUCACCUGAAAGACUGUAUAGAUUUAACAUUAAUUAAAAGCGAAGUUCAAGCUAGAAGUAAAAUAGACUACCUAGUUAAAUGGAAGAGGAGGACCGAAAUGCAGAUCCGUUGUUUGACGUUAAAGUUGAGAUAAACGACUGUUCUCACAAUGUUUCCACCGACUCGAGGAGUUCUUUUAAAAUAGUACAAACUAUUGAAGAUGGCAAAUUAUGUUUGUGGACUGUACCAAAAGCUUGGGAGAGAGGUGGACUACUGCGGUGGCCACGAUUCAAAGUUGAAAAACUACGCCGAAAUCCACAUUCAAAACCACUAGACAAUUGGCAAAUUACUAAUUGUAUACUAAAAAAGAGUGAUUUAGAGAGUUUUGAUUUUGCUGAAACAGUGAUCAGGCUCAUGACCGAUCCAAGUGAUAAUGAAGAUAUUGAAACAGAUGAUCAAAUAAAUGGUGACAAAAUUCAACCCUUAAAAUCAUUUGGCUUGGCUCAAAAUCAUGUUAAAAAUCAGAGAUAUCUUCAACAUAUUCCAAAAGAACCCACAGAAGCUGUAGAGAAUGAACCAGAGAUGGAAGACUUUGCAAAUAUUCUGGUAAUACCUGCAGAAAACAGUAGAUCUAGUUCAUUUCAACCAAAAAAAAUUGUAUUAAAGGCAGCUGUUACUUCUGAUACCAGGGGAACAACACAGUACUCAGAAAUAAAUUCCAAAAUUGAUUCCUUAUGUUCUUUUGUCUCUGCAAUAGCACAGGAUCAACAAGUUCUAGUUAGAAACCAGGAGAUUAUAAUGAAGAAGUUAUCAGAUAUAUCUCAAAGAUUGGACAGUUCUUUGACAAAUGAUGCAGAAGUAGAACCAUCUGUGUCAUUUAGACAUACAAAACCUAGUGAAAUUUUAUCUACAGGAACAUUAAAACCAAUCUCAGAUCAUAAAAGCUUAGAUGAGUUGGAACAGUCUCUGAAAGAUAAACAUAGAGCAGCGGAAUUGAAGAAAACCUAUUCAGUUAUAUGUGGCUACGGAAAAGGGAGGGCCAUUACUAAUGCAUAUGUAUUAUUGGAUGUUAUGUUUGAACGUCGCUUCCUACUGCAAUGUUCUUGGGCGGGAGGAUCGCGAUCUUCUGACUCUAAAGUGUGUUUUAAAAGUUAUGUUAAUGUUAUAGAUUUCUUUUUUCAAGUGAUACAUUCGUCGGACAAGCGAUUCACAAUGAUUGAGUGCCAUGCAUUCUUUCAGAAAAUAUUGAGAAAUGCAAAGAAAAGGUGUGAAGCGAAGAGAAUGAGGGCUUCUAGUGUAAGACAUAGACGAAAACGAUUAGGAAACAUAAUGAAAGCUGAAGUUGAAAAAAAUGAAGAGAAUGGGGAGUUACCAGUUACAGAAAAUGGGAAUUGUACAGGUUCAGAAAAUGAAAGUCUUCCUUUAAAGUCCAAAGACUUGCAUUUUUUACUUUAAUGGUUAAAUACUGUUUAUAUUUUAAAACAGUGGAAAUGUUUUAAUGAAUAGUCAACAUUUUCAAUGUUGUGUUGUUAAUUAUUUAAGUACUAUUAUUAUUGUAAAGAUCUUAUUUAAAAAGACUGAGAACUAGUUAUUAUGAUCAAAUAAUUAAACAUUUGUUAUUUAGGUUUGCAGUAUGCAUUUUGAUUAAAUCUGAUAUAUUUUAUGUAUUCAAAGCUA